AAUAUACCACAUUUACUUUUUAUCUUCUAAGAGUUUCGUUCCUUCUCUCUGCAUGCAGUUUAAUGCAAAGAGUUAGGUGCCCCUAGCUCCCCAGCCAGAUUUAAUUGCUCAUGACUGACUUUUAAAUGCAAUGAUUAGUAUCUGACCUGCCUUAUCUGCGGAGAACUACAGUAGGGGCAAAAUAGGAAAGCCCUAAACUCACUGCAAUUCGCGUAGUGGAAGUUCAAAGAGCGAGAGAAGGGCCAAACGCCGAGCUGUCACUGGUGUGCCCGGCCCUGCUGUUGGCCUGGAAGACGGGGGUGUUGCAGGGGCGGUGGAUGGGUAGUCCCCGGCGCGCGCCAACUGCCCUUUGAAACCGAAGGCUCGGUCAGUCUGCGCUGCUUUGGGCGUUCUGGCAGAUGACUUGAGCUCUUGCAGAGGACUGCCGGACUCCUCACGGGAGGGCCGGCUCUGCGCUCCUGGGCCUGCCAGCUGUGGAGAACCCGCGGGAGCUGCGCAUGGAACCUCCGGGCCCGCAGGUGCGGCCGCUGGGAGGCGCCGCGGAGGUCCAGAUGUGCCAAGCCAUCUUCCCUUCCCACGCUAACCACCGCGGGGAACUGAGCGCCGGCCAGCUGCUCAAGUGGAUUGACACCACUGCCUGCCUGGCAGCUGAAAAGCAUGCUGGAGUCUCCUGUGUAACAGCAUCAAUGGAUGACAUACAGUUUGAAGAAACAGCCAGGGUUGGACAGAUCAUCAUUAUCAAAGCUAAAGUCAUCAGAGCAUUCACCACCAGCAUGGAGAUUGGCAUUAAAGUCAUAGUACAAGAUACAUUUACCAGAUCUCAGAAACUUGUUAGUGUGGCAUUUUCUACGUUUGUUGCUAAACCAGUUGGAAAAGAAAAGAUUUGUUUAAAGCCAGUCACCCUUCUGACAGAACAAGAUCAAGUGGAGCAUGAUCUGGCUUCAGAGAGACGGAAAGUCAGACUUCAGCAUAUGGACACCUUCCAAAGCUUGAUGAAGGAGAGCAGCAAAUUGGAUGAUGCCAUCUGUGAACAAGAGGAUGGUAUGAUUUCAACUGGGGAUACCUGGGUACAGAGCAUUGAACUUGUCCUUCCACCACAUGCAAAUCAUCAUGGAAAUACAUUUGGGGGCCAGAUUAUGGCUUGGAUGGAGACGGUGGCUAACAUUUCCGCAAGCCGCCUCUGUAGUUCACAUCCCAUUCUAAAGUCAGUGGACAUGUUUAAAUUUUGGGGGCCAUCUACCAUUGGUGAUCGCCUUGUCUUCAAUGCCAUUGUGAAUAAUACUUUUCAGAACUGGGUUGAAGUUGGGGUUCGUGUUGAGGCUUACAACUGUGAUGAAUGGUCCAAAGGCCAAGGCCGACAUAUCAACAGUGCUUUUCUCAUUUAUUAUGCUAUUGAUGAUAAUGAAGAACUCAUCAUUUUCCCUAGAGUCAAGCCUAUUUCAAAGGAUGAUGUUAGAAGAUAUCGUGGGGCUAUUGUACGUAAGAGAAUACGACUUGGCAGGAGAUAUGUUAUUUCUCACAAAGAAGAUAUUCCACUUUGUAUUCACUGGGAUACAAGCAAUCAGGCAUACUUGAGUCACAGCAAUGUGGACGCUCUCAAAGCUCUGGCAGCCAAAAGUGGUUGGGAGAUCACAAGUGUUGUGGGAAAGGUCAAAAUGCAUACCUUGGAGGAGAGAGAUGUUUUGUCAGUAUGGGUAGAAAAGCAAGUAGGGAGACCAGCUAAAUUAGCUUUUAGCCUCCUGUCUGACUUCACCAAGCGGCCUCAGUGGGAUCCUCAUUACUUGUCUUGUAAGGUCAUAGAUUGGGUGAGUGAUGAUGACACAAUAUAUUAUAUCACCUGUCCAAAAGUGAGUAGCAGUAAACCCAUAGAUUUGGUUGUCCUUGUAUCACGAAGAAAACCUGUCAAAGAUAGUAACACUUACGUAGUAGCAGUGAAGUCCGUCACCCUGGCAUCAGUCCCACCUUCUCCACAGUACAACAGAAGUGAGAUCACGUGUGCGGGAUUCCUGAUACAGGCUGUUGACAGCAGCUCCUGCACGGUAUCAUACCUGAUCCAAAUUUCUUCUAGCACUCUGCCUUAUUUUGCUGGAAAUAUUGGUGGCUGGUCAAGGUCCAUUGAAGAAACAGCUGCUUCAUGUAUCCAGUUCAUAGAAGAAACUAAUGACACAUUUAUGAACAAAUAAUAUUUUAAAUAGUACAGCUCUCAGUGGUCUGUUUGUGGAUUAUAGAUUUUGUGGAUUACUUGAAGCAGUGCUUUUAUUCCAAGUCCACUUUUUUCUGACAUCUAAUAGGCUUGUGGACCCAGGAACUAACUUUUAUAUUAGCCUAAAUAAGAUGAAAUCAUGGAGAUGCUGAAGAAAAUCAUAAAAUUCAUUCCCAGUACUUCAGGGAUCAGUGAUUUUGUGGGUGUGGGCCUUUCUUUUACCUGUAUCAAUCACAACCACCCCCAUCUUACCAGAUGGUUUGAUGAACUGCUGUGGCCAAGCCCCUAGUGAGGAGUCUUUCUAACCUUAGCUGUUCCAGUGUUGGAUGACAGAUGCACCAUCUUUCCAUAGGUUCAUACUGAAAGACUUUACAGCUUACAAAUUAAAUUUU